UAAUUAGUUAAUUAAAAAAUAUCAAUAAGCUAAUUAGUUAAUUAAUUAUUUGUAAAUAAAUUAAAGAUAAUUAAUUGUUUUCAUAAAUCAAUUUUGUUUGUUAAAAUAGUUGCAUUCAAAUAUUAAAGCAUAGUUAAGAAUUUGAAAAGAAUACAAUAAAAAAUAAUUAGUAUGGGAUAGGAUCAAUCUACUCCUGAAUAGCCUUAAUCGCAAGUUAAAUAAGCCUAUCAAUAGUCUCCUAACUAAAGAUUUCCUACUAAGCCAUUAAAUGACAAUGAAGAAAAAGUAAAGAAGCAUAAAAAGAACUAAGAAGGUAUUCAACCUAUGUUUUAAGGAAGCUUUAGUGUGAGUUAAUCUAAACCUUUGCAAGAUGAAGAAAUGGAUUAGGAUUAUGACCUCCUUGCUGAGGGAUAAGGAUAGCAGUAGUAGUAGCAGCAGUAGUAAAAAGGAUAUCAAUCUGCUGGCAAAACUAUACAAACUCAAACAUUUGGGUAAAACUCAACUCAGUUAGCUCCAGUACCUCAAAUGGUAUAGUAAAAGUCAAAAUUAGACUAAGGAAGUAAUCUGAACACCAGUUCAGGUGCUAUGUAUUAGAGCAGUAAUAAUAAAAAUACUGCCCAUUUCGGAUAGUUUGACUAAUCUGGUCUUAAUUAAUAGCAGUUGGGAGUAAUAAAUAACAACAGUAAUGUGAAUCCAAAUAAUUAAAACUAAUAAGCAUAUCAAUAGUUUUAUCCUGAUUAUGCAGAUAAUCGCUAAAUGCAGUAAUAAGUUAAUCAGUAGCUAUAUUACAAUUCUUAAUAAUAAAAUAAUUAAUAUGGACAAUAGCUACAAUAAUAAUAGCCUUAGUAACAAUUAUAGCAACAGCAAUAUCAACAAUAACAAUAGUAUCUAUAAUAAAAUCAAAACUUUGAAGAUUAAAACUAUGAAAAAUAGAUCUUGUAACAACAAUAGUAGCAAUAAAUCUAAUACAAUUAAGAAAAUUACGACUCAAAUUAAUAGAAUAACAAUUCUUAAUAUUGGGACACAAUAAGAGAUUAACCAUAUGAUCCUAGAAAAAUUGAAAUUAUUGAAAAAUUGCUUUAUUCAAAUCCAAACGAAUCAAGUGUAAUUGGACUUGAAAAACCAAAAAAAAUUAGUAAGUAGGAAACCUAAACCAUAGUAAAUAGAUUACUUUAAAGAGGAUACCAAAUCUAAGAACUAAAUCAAAAAACUUCUGAAUAUUAUGAGUAAGAAGAAAUAAAAGAGUGCACAUUCUAACCUAACUCUUCUAAAAUCAUGAAGUCUCUCUCACCAACAAGAAGUCUCUAAGAUUUUUUGAAUGAAUAAAAUAAAUUCUUAGCAAAUCGUGACCAAAACAUCAAAAGAAUAAAAUCAGAUAUUGAUAAUCUAGAAUUAGAACAAUGCACUCAUAAACCUUAAAUCUUAACGACUUCUCAAGUUGUUAUGAUUUCAAAUAAGGGAUCAGGAAAAUACUCAUAAGAGCCUGCUUUCAAGAGACUCUAUGAAAUCAACAGAAAGAAAAAAGAAGCAAAAUAAAAAUUAGAGAAGGAUGAAAAGGAGUAAAAAGAAAAAGAAAAGAAAUCAUAAAAGCCAAAGAAGGCUAAUCCUUAAACUAUAGACAGACUGUAUACUUUAGGUAAAAUGAAAGUUACUGCAAAAAGAGAAGGAAAAGCUGAUUACUUAAAAUCAGCUCAAUAAGGAGAUUAAGGAGAUAAACAUGAAAAUGAAAAUUUAUUUGCUAAAUCAGGGCUAAUUCCUUAAACAUCAAAAGAAUCAGAAUAUUAACUUGCAACCAAAUUAAUUAAGGAAUAUGAAUAUAUUGUUUCGAUUGUAGUUGAAGAGGUUAAGAAGCAAAGUUAUCUUCUCGAUUACAUUCAAAUGUCUGAAAUAUUAAGAUUGAUGGGCUUCAUAAGUUUCACUGAGAAAGUAGAGAGUCACAAUUUCGUUAAGGAGAGAGCACUUGUCAAUGAUGUUUGGAUUGUUUUACAAGGUGCUGAAAAUGGAGGAGUUUCUUAUAGAAACCUUCUUUUGUUUAUUUUUUCUAUUAUGGGUCUUGAUGUUGAUCUUCCUCGUUUCAAGAAAGAUCAAGACAAUGUUUUAGCAAUUUAAUACUCUAAAGAUUAAGCUUGGCCUCUUAUGAGAGACGUUUAAGAAUUAAAGUAGGAAUAAAUUUAAGACUAAAUUGAGUAAAUUUAGUAGAUUAGAGCAUCUAGAUUAUCCCAUGCAGCAGCUAUGAGUCAAAGUCACAUUAGUAGUCAUUACAAUAUGUCUUAAAAAAAGAUUGAUGACGAAGAUUAAGAUCAUCACAGCGAAGUAGCUAGCAUGCAUCAAAGUAUGACUCCUGCAGGAAGCAAAUAAUAGUAGCAAUCAUCAUCUUAAUACUAAAAAAAGAAAAUAGAUUAUAACGAUAUGGAUGAGAAUUUAAGAAAUUGGAUGGCAUACCGUCAAAAUGAGCUUAGAAUAGGAAUGUUCGAUUCUGAAAAAAAUAUUGUAUUUAACACAAAUGAAAUUAAAGAGAUUCAGAUGAUUUUCUACCUUUUCUAUGUCAACCGUUUACACACUGAGAAGGAAAAGACUAAAUAUUUGAAUUCAUCUCCUGAUAAAAAGAGAAAGCAAUCAAGCGAACAUACUACUAGCAAGGCUUAGUCUUCAACAAAUCAAGUUCUCACUGAAAAGCUAGCCUAAAACUAUCGUAGCAGAGUGUAUGAAUAAGCUAUAAUGGGUAACGAAAAGCUUUAGCAUCUUGGAGAUCGUAUUUAGCAUGCUGAUAUUUUAAUGGCCUUGAAAGAAGACAAAGUGAAAUACCUCGAAUAAAUUAAAGAAAAUCAAAAAGAUAGUGAAUUAAAUGAGUGCACAUUCCAUCCUAGAGUGAAUAACUAUAACAAAUAAGUUCAUUAAUCUCAACUUAAUUCUCAAAAUUAAGACAUGUUUGAUGCUAACGGAUCUGUUAAUCAGUAGUCAAGACCUAAUAAUAAUCCCAUGCCUCCUACUUCUCUUGGUAAUAAGAGAUAUAUUGAUUUAUACAACUUAGCUAAGCCUCGUUCUCAGCUCCGUGAUAAGAGAACUCUUGAAGUAGAAUAUGAGAAGAAUUGCGAUGAAUGCACAUUUAAUCCUGACAUUAGUGCAUCAAACUUAAACCUAUAAAAAAUAAGACAAGAAUAAUUUAAGAAUUUUGACAUUAAGAAUCAAGAGAAGACAGUUGAUAGACUUAGAAAAGCUUGGGAUGAUAAUUAGACUUUCUAAUUAAAAAUGUCUAGAGGAUAUUAUGAAUUUAAGAAUCCAAGCAAUAAAACUCUCAACACAAUGCAAUCCCCUGAAAGAAAAUAUCAUGGUCUUUCAACAAGAUAUGACACAGUAAGCAAAAGCUAAGGAAGUGCAUUUAAACGUCCUUUCACAGGAAGCAAAUAACUAGAUACUGGUUUAGGAAGUCUUACAUUUGGCCAAAAGAAGUAACAAGACUCUUCAAAUCCUGCAUAUUCUUAAAGCAACAAUAAUUAGCAAUCAGAUUACUAAAUUGCAUAAUAAUUAAGUGGAGGAGAUCAAUAUUAAGAAUAUGAAGAUCAUCCUUAUCAUUAAGAAGGUGAUUUGCCUUAAUUUGGAAAUAAUGACGAACACCAUGAACAAGAAGAAGAAGAAGGACAUCAAGAAAAUCAUGAAUAGUAUUAAAAUUAAAACUAAAAUUAUGAUUGGAUGAAGUAAGAAGAAGGAAACCCCUUACUAUAUGUUGAUAUUAAUCUCUCAGCUGAUAAAGUUGAAAGAAUCGUUGUAUAUGAAGGUGAUAGACCUGAAGAUCUAGCAAAACAGUUCAUAGAAAAGCACGGUUUAGAUGCCAACUUGCUAGACAAACUAACUUAGAUGCUAUAAAUGCAAAUAGAAGGAUCUUUAAGUUUACAUUAAGCUAACUAAUGA